CUUCCGGCCACAGGCCCCGCCCCCGGAAGCGGGACGGAGAUUCAGACCGAGCGCGGGACCUGCAGCGUGGCACGAGGAAACGAGAACCCAGGGGACCAUGGGCACCUCCAGGCUGUAUACCUUGGUGCUGGUGCUGCAGCCCCAGCGAGUUCUCCUGGGCAUGAAGAAACGAGGCUUCGGGGCUGGCCGGUGGAAUGGCUUCGGGGGCAAAGUACUCGAAGGAGAAACCAUCGAGGAUGGGGCCAAGAGGGAGCUGUGGGAGGAGAGCGGCCUGGCGGUGGACACGCUGCACAAGGUGGGCCGAGUCGUGUUUGAGUUCCAGGGUGAGCCUGAGUGGAUGGAUGUGCACAUCUUCUGCACAGACAGGGUCCAAGGAACCCCCGUGGAGAGCGACGAAAUGCGCCCUCAGUGGUUCCCACUGGACCGGAUCCCCUUCAGUGACAUGUGGCCUGACGACAGCUACUGGUUUCCACUCCUGCUUCAGAAGAAGAAAUUCCACGGGUACUUCAAGUUCCAGGGGCAGGACACCAUCCUGGACUACACGCUGUGCGAGGUGGACACCGUCUAGCAGGAGGUCAGGGCCGGCCCCGCCUGUUACACAGCCGCACUCCUCUGGGUUUGAAACGUGACUAGACGGAAAGGACAAUAAAGGUCUCCUGCCUCCAACCCGUUCACCAGGCACCAGCACGGCCAGCCCAGUCCUGUCCGCAAGACGCUGCCAGGCGUGCUGGGCCGACCCACCCUGUGGGACAGGGUGGGAGAGGAGAUGUAGGGCUACAGGGGAGGACAGUGUCCCUGACCGUCCCCGUAGUGACAGCUGGCAAAGGAGGGCCACGUGUGCGUGCUCAGCACCCCGGGCUAGAAGACACACCCUCCAACCACCACCUCCUUUUGUGAGUCAUCUUUUUGCAGUGGGGGAAACUGAGGCAUGGUCAAGGGCUUAGGGUUAAUACCAGGUCUGAGGCAUCAUAGGCUUGUCCCUCGCCUGCCCCAAGUCGAACCACCUGCUACACAACUUACAACCUAACCCGACUUUCAUACAUUUAGUAACAAUGUUCCUGUAAGUUUGAUUAAAAACUCCAGCAUGUA